UUAUUCGAAAACUUAAAUGUAUUAAUUGAUUUUACGAAUUUUGUUUGGGAAAAAAAACGAUGAAAGAAAAGAAAAGGUAAAGAACUAAACACGCUUCUUAUUUUGCAUUUGGGGGAAAAAAAAAACAAAUAAUGUAUUUAAAGUAAGUGAUAUGACAGCAAAAAAAUUAGUAUCGCUAAAUCAAUUUACUGUCGUUUAAAAAAAUAAAAGAAGUUUAAAGCAACCCAAAUUUCCCACCGUCACUUAAACGCAGCAAUAGUUGAGGACGCCUAACCGGAAACUCGUGUGUUGAGGAAGUAUUUACCAAACUAGCUGUAAUUUAAAGUCUUUCCAACAAACAAAGAUGGCAGCCAACGUUACUGCGAUGAAGAAAGUGGUCCAACAGCUGCGCCUCGAAGCCAGCAUAAAGCGAAUAAAGGUGUCCCGGGCGGCCACGGACCUCCAGCAGUUCUGCCUCCAGAACGCCCAGCAGGACCCUCUGCUCACCGGCAUGUCGUCCAGCAACAACCCGUUCAGACCGCAGAAAGUUUGUUCCUUCCUUUAGCACCACCGGGCCGAACCGAACCGAGCCUGUGCUGCCGCUGAGGAUGCUGCAGCUCUUCGUGGAUGGGGCCUGCAUCAUGGACUGGAACUGUCAGGGAAUGUUGGCCAAAUUACUAACUGAAGUCUUUUUUAUUAUUAUUAUUAUUAUUUUAACCUUUAUAAAUUCAUGUGUGUUUCUCAACUUCUAAUCCACCAGAAGGUCCUGUUUUUCUUUUCUUAGAACUACUGUUUUUGAUCACAGAUGUGCCUUUAAAACCACACAAGCUUCUUGAUUUUAAAGAAACUAUUUCCAGUGUUUUGAUGCUCUUGUUGUUCAAAAAGCAGCUGAAGGAUACAAGUCUACAGUAUAAACAGGACCCAUUUAUAGCAUUUACUGUGUAAAAGCAGAUUGCUGGUUACAUUUCAAUGGAAACUAAGAACUGAUUUAUUGACUUAUUUACUAAACACUGUGUGUGAUGCCUUAAUGUUCUGUGUGUGUGUGUGUGGCUUGUGGUGUAGAACUAAGUGUAUUAUGCAAUAAAGCAAGAUAUUGAUUAAG